CGCGCAGUCUGGUCACAGUCACAGCUCAGCCCCUGUGUGUGUGUGUGUGCGGGACUUAAGUUCUCUGAAGUCAUGGAGGAAGAUCAUAAGUUGUUUUUGGAUCAUUGAUGAACGGAUGAAUCCAGAGAAAACCACAGAACCAUGUGGAACCUUUUUACGCGCAACUUUUGCGCCACUUGCUGCAGUGGCGCGGAGGCGGUGGUUGUUUUAAGUCGCUCCCACUUUGUUUGUUUGUUUGUUUAGGAGUGAUGAUGAUGAUGAUGAUGAUGAAGAUGAUGAAGAUGAUGGUGGGGUGCUUCGACGUGCCGUGUUUCCUGCCUUGUGUCCUCGCGCUCAGGAUUGCGACUCAUGGGAUGUAGUAAAUGGAGAGCUGCGUUGAACGUGGGACACCUGCGCGUGCAGUCCCGGCUGUCCGUCUUCUUGACCAUGAUCGUCCUCGUCACGUACCUCUUCUACUGCCUCAACGGACUCUGUGACUCUGUGCCCAGACCCGUGUUCACGCAGCGAGCGCAUCUCCACGAGAGGAUCAGCGGCAAGAAUGAGGAGCAGGACGCGGCGCAGGACGCGGCGCAGCUCGGCGGCGGCGCCUUUAACGCGUCGCUGGUGCGGGACUUGUCCAACAGCGACACCAACAACAACAAUAACGAGGACGACAACAACAACAACAACAACAACAACAUGUCUAUAGCGAACACUUUCGGCAGUAAGAAGUUCCCUCAGGCGAUCAUCAUCGGCGUGAAGAAAGGAGGAACCCGCGCGCUGCUCGAGUUCCUGCGCAUCCACCCGGACGUGAGGGCCGUGGGUGCGGAGCCGCACUUCUUUGACCGUUUCUACGACAAAGGACUGGAGUGGUACAGAAACCUGAUGCCUCGUACACUGGAGGGUCAGAUCACCAUGGAGAAGACCCCGAGUUACUUCAUCACCAAAGAAGCCCCCCGACGCGUCUUCGCCAUUAGCCGCCACACCAAGCUCAUCGUGGUGGUGCGCGACCCCGUGACACGGGCUGUUUCCGACUACACCCAGACUCUGACCAAGUCUCCCGGGCUCCCAUCGUUCCAGAACCUGGCCUUCCGCAACUCCACCACCGGGCUCAUCGACACGUCCUGGAGCGCCGUACGCAUCGGCAUCUACUCCAAACAUCUAGAGAACUGGCUGCGAUUCUUCCCUCUCUCGCGCUUCCUUUUCGUGAGUGGCGAGCGCCUCGUGACGGACCCGGCAGGCGAGAUGGGCCGGGUCCAGGACUUUCUAGGACUCAAGCGCGUGGUGACAGACAAGCACUUCUACUUCAACCAGACCAAAGGUUUCCCCUGUCUGAAGAAGCCGGAGGGAAGUAGCAGGCCGCGCUGCCUGGGGAAAUCAAAGGGUAGGCCCCACCCCCAGAUCCCCGAUGGGGUCCUGCUCAGACUGAGAGACUUCUAUAGACCCUUCAAUCUCAAGUUCUACCAAAUGACAGGCCACAAUUUUGGCUGGGACUGAGUGCUUACUCACCAAAGCUCCUGAAACUGAGUGAAAUCCAUGUUCAGCCAACUUCAAAGGAAGACCAGGCAGGGAUGCCCAGUUUCCACCAAGUGGUACAAGUUGGUAGAGUUUGUUACAUUGUGCAAUUAUCUUGAUUCUGGAUACCAAAGUAUCUUUUGGGCACCAUUUUGUUUUGGGGUAUGUCGACAACACACACACACUACAGUACUUUUGGGCAACAGAGAAUCCUCAAAACUGGGAGUCCAUGAAUAAUGUCAGUACAGAGCAGAGUUUACUGUGUUGCGUUAAAUUAAAUGGCCAUUUAUUCUCUGCCGCACUGGUACGUAGUCACGCUAUUGACAUUGACAACCAUUCCAAACCUUACCUUGGCAAGCUGAAGUGCAUUGGUACCGCUUGGUGGAAACGCAGCUAUAAUGUGUUACCAAAGCUUUCACUGUUUGUAUUUCCUUAAUUUCCUAUGUUUUAAACGCAGCGUCUGCCAACACAUUAACCUUGUUUGGAUGUCCAGGUCUGAAGCAGCCAGCUUGUAAGAGCUUCAAUCAACACAAAACCGAGUGAGAAGCAUUGGUUGUGGCUCAUACUGCAAACCCUUGGGCACCGCAAGAACCAGAAGUAUGCUAAGCUCUUAUUGCCAUCCAAAACACUUAACAGCAUGAUGUGUGUAUCAAAAAUAACAUCAGAGAGAAGGCUAAAGUUAAACCAAAUGGCAUAAGAGUAACAAGCUUUGACUGUCGGGCAAAGCUACGAUAAACCAAAUGACGGUUAGGAGCUUGGAGAGGGACAUAGACGACGAGAAUAUAAGCGAAGGGGUUUCAAUUCUGCACAAUAGUAGCCAUCCCUUAAAAUAAAUGUAAAUGUAUUCAUGAGAUAUGAAUGGUUUAAAUCAGCAUUGUUCAUUUUUGCCUUUAUACGGUGUAUGCAGUUAUUUUUUUUAACUUCUCGUUCUGGAUUCUUUUAUUGUAUCAAAUGUAAACACGUGGGUUACUACAUGUGUACUACAGUUCACAACAUGCUGUAAAUGUGCUGUUAUUUAUGUCGUGCUUCGUCAACAGACCACACCUUCAUCUGCAAUGACCUCCAAAAAUGGUACUGACACGCAACUGUAUAUUUCUAAAAAGCCUAUAAUUUAUAAGAUGACAAAACUAUUGUUGAGAUGUUUACUCUGAGACUUUUGUAUAAGAAAUUCUGCUGGAAAAUUAUGAGUAAAACUUUUAUUCUA